AUGGUCGAGAUGAUUGAGACUGGCGUCACCUACGAGGAGCUCGCCGACAUCGAGCGCGAGUUCGAGCAGGUCGAGACUGAGAUGCUCCGCCGCCAGUACGAGCUCUCUCGCCCUCUGUACGAGAAGCGCGCCGCCAUCGUCGCCAAGAUCCCCAACUUCUGGGCCCUUGUCUUCGAGCAGUCUCCCCCCGAGAUUGACGAGUACAUCCAGCCCCAGGACGCCGCCCUCCUCUUGGCCUCCCUCAAGAACAUCUCCGUCUCCCGCUUCGAGCUCGAGAACGGCCAGAACGGCGACCCCCGCUCCAUCGCCAUCCGCUUCGAGUUCGGCGACAACGAGCACUUCGAGGACAAGGUCCUCGAGAAGAAGUUCUGGUGGCGCACCUCCGAGAACUACACCGGCCUCGUCUCCGAGCCCGUCAACAUCAACUGGAAGGCCGGCAAGGACCUGACCGACGGCCUCCUGACCGCCGUCCAGAAGGUCUGGGCCCAGGGCGGCCCCGUCCUCUCCGGCAAGGGCAAGCCCGCCCCCACCCCGGAGGCCCAGGCCCUCAAGGCCAAGAUCGAGGAGACCGGCAUGGGCGGCGUUUCCUUCUUCUGCUGGUUCGGCUACGUCGGCAAGCGCAUCUCCGCCGAGGAGAGCGCCGCCUUCGCCGCCAAGGAGGCCGACGAGUUCAACCGCCGCAAGGCCGGCGAGAAGGUCGAGGAGAAGGCCGACGAGGACGACGACGACGAGGAGGACGAGUUCGAGUACGAGAUCUUCCCCGACGGCGACGACAUCGCCACCGCCAUCGCCCAGGACCUCUGGCCCGACGCGCUCACCUACUUCAGUAAGUUCAUCCGCUCGCAGGGCGGCGCCGCCGCCCACGAUGAUGGUGACAGAGACUUACUGUCCAUGAUAGCGCAAGCGCAGGAGGCCGGCGAUCUCAGCGACGCCGAGUUCGAGACUGACGAGGACGACGACGAUGAGGAGAUGGGUGACGCGUAA